AUGGCUGCCAAUCCUUCCGUGCAAGUCAGAGAGGCCACCGUCAUCAAACCCGCCGCUCCGACGCCGUCCCACGUCCUCCCUCUCUCCGCCCUCGACUCCCAGCUCUUCCUCCGCUUCACCGUCGAGUAUCUCUUCGCAUUCAAACCACCGCCACAUCACCAGAAUGUCGACGUCGCCGACCGAAUCAAGUCCGCGCUGAGCAAAAUUCUGGUCCCUUACUACCCCUUGGCCGGACGGGUCCGGCCCAGGCCCGAUGGCGGGCCGGGCCUGGAGGUGGUCUGUCGGGCCCAGGGCGGGCUGUUCGUCGAGGCGGUCUCGGACUCGUUCGAGACCGCGGAAUUCGACGGCCCGCCCAAAUCGGUCAGGCAGUGGAGGAAGCUGCUGUCGUUCCAGGUCCCCGACGUGCUCAAGGGGGCCCCACCGCUGGUCGUCCAGCUGACGUGGCUCAAGGACGGAGGCGCCACGCUGGCGGUCGGGUUCAACCACUGCCUCAUCGAUGGGGUCGGCGGGUCCGAGUUCCUCAACUCGUUCGCCAGGCUGGCACGUGCGGCGGGAGCUGGAGGAGGCGAUGUGGUGAAUAAUCUAAAGCCCAAGCCCAGGCCCAUUUGGGAUCGCCACCUACUCGACCCGCCGGCCCACUACCUGCACUCAGUGAGUCACCCCGAGUUCGGCAGCGUCCCCGAUCUCUGCGGGUUCGCGAGUCGAUUCGCCAGCGACAAGCUCCUCACCCCGACCUCGGUGACCUUCGACCGGCGGAGUCAAAACGAGCUGAAACGGCUCGCUGCCGGACCGGGGUUCACGUCGUUCGAGGUGCUGGCGGCGCACGUGUGGAGGAGCUGGGCGAGGGCGUUGAGUCUGCCGGAGAACCAGACGCUGAAGCUGCUGUUCAGCGUCAACGUGCGGGACAGAGUGAGGCCGCACGUGCCGGCGGGGUACUACGGGAACGCGUUUGUGCUGGGGUGCGCGCAGGCGAGCGUGCGGGAGAUUGUGGCGGGGGAGGGAGGAGGGUUGGGACACGUGGCAAUGCUGGUGAGGAAGGCGAAGGAGCGAGUGGACGGGGGGUUCGUGGAAUCGGUGGUGGAGGAGGUGAGUCGGGGGAAGGCGCCGGACUCGGUGGGGGUGCUGAUAGUGUCGCAGUGGUCGAGGCUGGGGAUGGAGAGGGUUGACUUUGGGAUGGGGAGACCGGUCAGCGUGGGCCCGGUUUGCGUGGAUAGGUACUGUUUGAUGCUGCCAGUUCACGGUCAGGCGGACGGCGUUAGGGUGACGUUGGCUGUGCCUAACAGUGGGGCCGAGAAAUACGAGUAUUUGGUCAAGAGUCCAUGUUCCUGA